GCGUGAGCGCAUAGGAUACGCCAUCUCUACUGAACAAAGAAGCUACGACCGAGUAAGGGGGCGUCGUUGAGCACGGCGGCGGGCCCAGAGGGCGCGGGGAAGGGGCCGGUAUAUGUGUCUCCGAGCCGAGCUGGUCCCGGCCGACCGCCGAGUUCCGUUUUGAAAUGGAUUUUUGUGCACACGACACAAAAAGCGGGAGAUGGAUCGAGGGAGAACGAGACUCCACGGGCUCUCCACGGCCGCAUCACCCGACGACGUCGCCGCCGACGUCCAGCUCGCUAACAACUCGACACGACGAACGUGCGCGCUCCGACGAUAAGUACUGACGAAACCGCCGGCGCACUCCACUUCACUCUUUACCCCCACCACCGCCGCCACCAUGCCCAACCGAUCCACGCUCGAAGAGUUCGAGCGCGAGAACUCGACCAGGCCGCCCUACAUCCUCACGAAGACCGAGCUCAAGCUCUUGGGCAUCGCCGGCGUCGGCUUCUUCCUCGAUGCGUACGACCUCUUCAUCAUCAACCCCGUCGCCACCAUGCUCCAGUUCCGCCUCUACGAGGGUGGCCAGCUCCCCGCCGAUCUCGAGGGCUUCGUCAAGGCUGGUGCCAACAUUGGCUCCGUCAUCGGCCAAUUCGCGUUCGGCUACAUGGCGGACGCGCUCGGGCGCAAGGCCAUCUACGGCAAGGAGCUCAUGCUCAUUAUCUUCGCGACGAUCAUGAGCAUCACCACCCCCACUGGCGCGCUCUCCCCCGAGAGCUCCCUCAUUUACCUGGCAAUAUGGCGUAUCGUUCUCGGUGUCGGUGUCGGCGGCGACUACCCGAUGUCGGCCAGUGUCACCAGCGAUCGGUCCAACCUGCGCAAGCGGGGUACCAUGCUCAGCUACAUCUUCAGCAACCAGGGCUGGGGUAGCUUGGUUGGCAGCAUCGUCUUCUUGGUCGUCCUCGCGUGCUACAAGCACAAGCUCGGCGACGGGACGAGUGGCAUCGACGGAGUUUGGCGUAUCGUUAUCGCCCUGUCCCUCGUCCCCGCAUUUGGCACCCUCUACCAGCGCCUCACCCUACGCGAGUCCUCGCGCUUCAUCAACGCGCAGAAGCAGAAUGCUGUCGAGGAGGAGGAAGAUGAUAUCGACAAGUUGAAGCGUCAACAGCGCGCGUCGGAGGAGGCGGAGAUGAAGGACUUGUCGAAGACCCCCGAGACUACCACCACGACAACGAACUCCGAGGAGCCUGAGGCCGAGGAGGUCGCGAAGAAGCCCGCCCACUUCAAGGAGUUCAUCCACUACUUCUCCAAGUGGGAGCACGCGAAGCUGCUCAUCGGCACCUGCUCGUGCUGGUUCCUCCUCGACGUUGCCUUCUACGGCAUCAACCUCAACCAGAACGUCGUCCUUCAGGAGAUCGGGUUCGAUGGCAAGGACGGCACGCCGUACCAGCGCCUCAUCAAGAUCGGCACUGGCAACAUCAUCAUCACUGCGCUCGGCUUUGUCCCUGGGUACUACGCCACCGUUUUCACCAUCGAGAAGCUCGGCCGUAAAUGGAUACAGAUACAGGGCUUCUUGCUCGCGGCGUUGUUCUUGGGCAUCCUCGCCGGCGCCUUCAACACCCUCCCGACCGCGGGCUUCAUCGUCUGCUUCGCCUUCCUCCAGUUCUUCUUCAACUUCGGCGCCAACACGACCACGUAUUGCUACCCCGCCGAGGUCUUCCCCACCCGCUUCCGCGCCUUCGCGCAUGGCGCGUCUGCCGCUGCGGGCAAGGCCGGCGCCAUCAUCAGCGCGCUCGCCUUCAACAAGCUGAAAGAUGAUAUUGGCACGCCGGCGGUUUUGUGGAUCUUCUUCGGCUGCUGCAUCGCUGGCGCGGGCUUCACGCUGCUCUUGCCCGAGGUGAAGGGUCGCGACCCGGACGAAAUCCUCGCGGCGGAGAUCAAGGCCGAGCGCGAUGCAAGACGCGCUGCUGUCCUCCAGCAGGCGACGCUCGCGUCGUAAGCACCCCAUGCGAGGCAGUGGGUUGUAUACAUGCGCCUUGAUGCGCAGGAUGUGGAAGGCAGCUGGAAGGGUGCUGCCGAUGGGUCUUCGCUGACGAUGGAUGGGGGCGCCGCUGUUGAGCACGGGUCGUGGCUGUUGAGCGUUGAGCAAGGGCCGUGGCUGAUGCACACAGGGCGCUGUCCAUGACACGAGCGAAGUAUUGUAGUUCUAAUAAUGUGCCUAGCGCACGAGAAGUGCGAAAACAACUUGUAGCAACAUAUAUACUGAUAGAAGUAGAGAGCUAUCAAUGCUCCUGAUCUUGAAAUGGGCGUGUGAGCGAGG